AUGAAGACCUUCUGUGGCAUCGUGCUGGCGGCAAUUGCCGUAGUUGUGGCACAGUUCCAUGUACAUAUGUCACCCAAUAUCACGUUCAGUACAGUCCCGUUAAGAGGUUUUCCAAAUCAAGAGAUUCUCGUCAAACUAAAUGCACCCGCAGGUUACGAAGGAAAACUAAAAAUAGAAAUCGACGGGUCCUCGGCAGUCGGAGGAGGUAAGAUUGUGGGCGACAAUGAAGUGAAGUUUGAUGGCGGCGAACCCGUCAGUAAGGGAAGGGCAACAUUCGGUAUAGCUUGCGGAGGUUCGGCCAGUUCCAAACAGGCCGCAGCAUCGACCCCUGUACUUAAUGUGUUAUGGCAUGUGAGCUUCCAAGCAAUCACUCUUUCGCGGGCUCUGUUGCGAUUACACGCUGAAAUCGACGGAGAAACGGUUGUGAGUCAUAUCAUCACAAUCGCACCUGAGACACAGUGCAACGGCAAGCAAUGGUUCUAUGUGAGCUCCUGCGACGACUGCGUGCACUUGACAGACCUCAACUGUCAGUACUGUCCUGGCUUGCAAACGUGCGUAAAAGGGAACAUCCACGGGCCUUACGAUCCGGUGGCGUGUCCUGAAUGGUUUGUCAGCGUGUGCUUCGUUCCAGGGAAUAUCGCAUGGAAAGUGAGCGCUGUGGCACUGGGUGUCUUGGCUGUGGUCUUGCUGAGCUGCUGCUGUUGCUUCAUGUGCUCGCGUGGCUGUGGUCGGGAUCAGUCCUACCUGUCUCAAUACGAUACGAAGUUCAACCUUGACCAUUCAAAUCCUAAUUAUGGAGCGACUUCCAACAACGUCGUCCAAUACCAAGAGAACAGGGAGCGGAUAGCAAGCAAGUACAAUAUUCAUAGAAACAGGUGAAUACCAGGCACGUACGAUAUUCCGAGGAAACGACAAAUAACGAGAAGUUUAAUAUUCAUAGAAACAGAAGAACACCAUGCACGUAGAGCAAUUUCUGGGGAGAGAUCCAUCAAGUACAUUAUCUCUGGAAAACGUUGGACAGCGAGCAAGCACAUGAUUUGUAGGGACAAAUGGGCAUUUCUAGGAACAUUUCAAGGGACAUGCAGACAUCGAAUAAGUACUAUUCAAUUAGGAACAGAUCGCCAGUGCGCCAGUACAGUAUUCCUAAGACCAGAUGAACCGCGCCUUAUGUUGCCCAAACGUUCACGAAGCGGAAAGGAGCGCUAAGGCAAGUGAGGCAGAUAAGUUGUACAACAACUAGUCUACGAAUAGCUUGUGGUUGGCGGAGAUGUAUUUAUGCUUGCGGACCCAAGUUCAGCAGCAAGAGGACUUUGUGCCGAGUUAAGGGAGCGCUCGUUGAUAGCCUCAUACUGCGGUCUGGUUCAUGUAGUACUAGACCUACACCCCCACACCAUCACUAGGCGCCCUUUAACGCGGAGAUUCUUCGCUCGAGGUUUUACAGUACUGACUUGGAAUUGCACUUUACGCAUGGUAACACUGAAACACUGGGCGUGCUGUGACAACCGCGUGACCAAUACACAGCCAACUGCGUCAGUAGGCAGCAGCACUUGGAAGCGAAGUUUACACAAACACACAGGCACCAUUCUCAAUGCACGACUG